AUUACUGAUACUCGUAUGAGGUAGGUACCUACCCUUUGGUUGGUUACAGGGUAUCCGUGGAUCUAUCGCAACUCAGCUUGUGCAACAUUUAUUCACGUAUGGCGUCACCAUGGGAAAUCAUCCUUCUCCCGCCCAAGUUGGCUAAUCAGUCACCAAUGCGGCUUACUCGGACUUUUUUUAUUCAGUGCAGUAGACUUAAACCAAACAGCCCCUCACAAACAAAAAGUACAAGAACUAUUACCAACAAACUAAAUUUCUCCCAUCUAUUCCCAAAGCCUCGCCAGUUUACAUCCUCACGGUCCACCAUGGCAUUACCCCCCAAGUUCGCAGGCCAAAAGCUCCUCUUCGGCCAACCGUCGUCCCUCACCGCCGGCGUGCCUGCCGCCGUGCAUACGCUCGAGCUAUUCCUCGACUACGUGUGCCCAUUCUCUGCAAAGCAGUUCAGCACCGUAUACCACACUGUUGUGCCGCUCAUCAAAGCCAACCCGAAAUGGGCCAGCAGUCUACAGAUCAUAUUCCGGCAACAAGUGCAGCCGUGGCAUCCGUCGUCGACCCUCGUGCACGAGGCAGGGCUCGCCGUGCUGCAGGUGGCACCGGACAAGUACUGGCUGUUCAGUGACGCGCUCUUCAAGGACCAGCAGAGCUACUUUGACGAGGCGGUCGUCCACGAACCCCGCAAUGAGACAUAUAAGCGUCUUGCGAAACUCGCAGCGAGCGUCGGCGUCGACGAGAAAAAGGUGUUCGAUUUGUUGGUCAUUUCUGACAAGGUACCCGAGGGGGGAUACCCAAACUUCGGAAAUAAGGUGACGAACGACCUCAAAGUUCAGAUCAAGGUAGCUAGGCUAGUGGGGGUGCAUGUUAGUCCUACGGUGAUCUUCGAUGGCGUUGUAGCCAAUGAAAUUAGCUCAUCCUGGACCAAGGAGCAGUGGCAGGAAUGGUUGACGAAGAGUAUUGCAUAAAUGGCAGUUAUCAUACGUAGGAGUAAUCAUAUGUAGGAUCAAUAUUAUUUACGGUCUUUAUAUGCAAAUGCAACUUAUAGCAGUAUUGAUAUAAAACGUACCACAUUUGGUAGCUUAGAGUAACUAUAACCAUAUGGAUAACUAUAUGCAC